UAGAAUUAGAGGGAAGAUUGUUUAGAUUUUGCACCACGCAUUUUCUUUGCGUGGGUUUAGGUGCAGUGAACUGAAUACCGAACUCUCAGUUCUCUAAAAAUGUCUAAACUACAGUCUUUGAGUGUGUUUGUUCGUGAGCGUUUAAUGGUGGCUGCAGUGGAGAUUAUUGACGUAGUAGAGAAAGUGGUAGAGGAGUAUCGGGAGGAGAUUUCCCGUUCUAAACAGGAGAAUUACCGGCUUCAGAGACUGCUGCGGAUCACACCGGAGAUAAAACUACGUAAAAUAGACUCCCUCCAGUUCUCUCUCGCUGUCUCAGAGGAGGAGGUUACACCUGAGCAGCAGCACUGUGCGCAAGAUUGGAGCCCCAGUCUGGGGCAGAAGGGCACAGCGCCCACACAGAUUAAAGAGGAGCAGAAGGAAAUCAGGACCAGUCAGGAGGUAGGGCAGCUUCAGGAACAGGAUGCUGACAUCAUAGAGUUCAUAUUCGCUCCUCCUUGUGUGAAUAGUGAAUGUGAUCUUCCCCAAACCCAGACUGUGGAGAACAGAGGGAGUGACUCUAAACUGUUGGAUCUCAAACCUUUGAGGAAAUCUAAAAAAAACAGCACCAUGUCUAAAAAAACUCAUUGCUGCCUUGACUGUGGCAAAUGCUUCAUUCAGGUUGGCCGACUGAAGAUGCACUCGAGGAUUCAUUCAGAGGCGAAACCAUUUAGCUGUGGAGACUGUGGGAACAGAUUUCAGCUGAAGGGAGAACUAACCAAACAUAUUUUGAUUCACACAGAAGAUAAACUUUUUAAUUGUGGUGACUGUGGAAAAAGCUUCAAUCACAAGGUUGGCCUUAACAGGCAUAUACUGCUUGUCCACAAAGAAAGAAAACAGAACGAAAAUGGAAAGACGAAAGGGGAGAAACAAUUUUGUUGUGACUGCGGGAAAAGUUUCACUCGCAGGCAGACCCUGAACAGACAUAAAAUGAUUCACACAGGAGAAAAACCAUUUCAUUGUAGAUUUUGUGGGAAAGGCUUCAAUCGCAAGGAGACCCUCAUUGAUCAUAUCCAGAAUCAUACAGGAGAAAAACCAUUUAGCUGUGGUGACUGCGGGAAAMGCUUCAACAGGAAGAGGAACCUAACUUCUCAUUUACUGACUCACACGGAAGAGAAACCAUUUAGCUGUGKUGACUGUGGGAAAAGCUUCAAGCAAAAGAGUGACUUAACCAAACAUAUAAUGAUUCACAUGGAAGAGAAACCAUUUAAGUGUGGAGAAUGUGGAAAAAGYUUCAAUUACAAGGUUAACCUCAACAGGCAUAUGCUGUUCAUCCACAAAGAAAGAAAACAGGAAGAUAGUGGAAAGAAGAAAGGCAAUUAAGACACAGAGAUCUUCUGUCAGGAGAUGAGAAUAAGAAGCAGGAUAUGGACAAAACUGUUAAGAAAGCAAAGCAACUCUGGAUCAUUCAUCUUGUAGGUGUGUCGUUCCAUGAAAUUAGUGCCUUUUGCGUCCCUUUGAUAUUUUAAGUAGAUUUUGUGCAUGAAUAUUGAAUUGUUAAGCCUGUUAUAUUAAAUUACGUGCCCUGUAAUAUAUCAUAGAUCACACGGAAAAUUCAAUAAAUAUGAUUUUUUAAUAUGAAGAAAGAUUUGCUGCAUUGCGAAAAUUCAGCAUUUUGACAUACAGUUCAAGUCAGAAGUUUACAUACAGUUAGGUUGCAGUCAUUAAAGCUAAUUU